ACAACAGGAAUGAAUACCCACGGCCACAUAUUCUUUUCCCUUCUUCUCUCCCUCCUUUUCAUAAAUAGUUCAUUCAAAACAGAAUGAUUUUUACAUAUUGAAAACGGACGAAUCUUCAAGUUAGUGGUCCCAUCCCAUGUAUAUAAUGCACGUCUUCACAACUUUGUUCACAAAAUACUAAAACUAAAUAAAAUACACCUCUAUUAUUCAAUUGUUGAAUUGGGUUCUUCUCUUCUGAUUCUAGUUCUCUUGAAUCUCCGCAUGAGCAUCUCUAUUUCAGAUCCGAGAAAGGUUUUGUGAUGUCAAGACAUCUUGGUGAACUAGAAAAGCUUGGUUUGUAGUGUUGGGGUUUGCUAUGGCAAGAGACCUGUUAGAAUUAUUCUCCAUGAAAAAUUGGAGAUGCUCAUGGUCUCUUGCCGCGACAAUUGCGUCUGUUGUGGCAUUGGCUUCUGUAGUGCAUCUGUUCUUGUUCCCUUUGACACCUUCUUUCAAUUAUUUCAAAUUAGCUCAGGACUCCUGCAUCGCGGCUAAUGGGUCAGCUGGGUUACUAAACAACUACGAGGAACCGACGAUAGAUCUGAAGCAUCGGUUCCCAGCUGACUUGCACGGGGGAGUUGCUUAUCGCGGUGCACCGUGGAAGGCUGAGAUUGGCCAAUGGCUUGCAGGCUGCAAUUCUGUUACACAGGAAGUCAACAUUUCUGAGAUAAUAGGCGGCAAUAACUGCAAAAAUGACUGCAGUGGCCUGGGUGUUUGUAAUCGAGAAUUGGGACAGUGUCGAUGUUUUCAUGGUUAUGCUGGAGAUGGAUGCACUGACAGAUUGGAAUUGGAAUGCAACUUCCCAGGAUCACCUGAUCAGCCAUUUGGGCGAUGGGUUGUUUCAAUUUGCGCAGCCAACUGUGACAAAACAAGAGCAAUGUGCUUCUGUGGUGAAGGAACAAAAUAUCCAGAUCGACCACUAGCAGAGACAUGUGGGUUUCAAUUUAAUCCACCUUCUGAACCUGGUGGUUUCAAAACAGUGAAUUGGUCUAAAGUUGAUCAAGAUGUGUUCAAAACUAAUGGUAGCAUACCAGGUUGGUGUAAUGUAGACCCAGCUGAAGCAUAUGCUGGCAAGAUGAAAAUAAAAGAGGACUGUGAUUGCAAAUAUGAUGGUCUCUGGGGCCGGUUAUGUGAAGUUCCAGUUCAAUCUGUUUGCAUUAAUCAGUGCUCUGAACAUGGCCACUGUCGUGGUGGAUUUUGUCAGUGUGAAAAUGGCUGGUAUGGAGCAGAUUGCAGCACUCCCUCUGUGAUAUCUUCUAUAAGAGACUGGCCUAGUUGGCUUCGUCCUGCUAGGGUUGAUGUUCCUGACAAUAUUCAUGUCAGUGAAAAAUUUAUCAAUCUUAAUGCUGUGGUGCCAAAGAAAAGGCCUCUUAUAUAUGUUUAUGAUUUGCCCGCCGACUUCAACAGCCUGUUAUUGGAGGGACGCCAUUUUAAGUUAGAGUGUGUGAACAGAAUUUAUGAUGGCAGUAAUGCAACUAUAUGGACAGAACACUUAUAUGGUGCCCAGAUGGCACUUUAUGAGAGUUUGUUAGCUAGCUCUCAUCGAACUCUAAAUGGUGAAGAGGCAGAUUUUUUCUUUGUUCCUGUUCUUGAUUCAUGCAUCAUAACUCGUGCAGAUGAUGCUCCUCACUUGAGUAUGGAGGAGCAUAAGGGGUUGAGGAGCUCUCUCACUUUGGAAUAUUAUAAAAAUGCAUACCAUCACAUUGUUGAGCAGUAUCCUUAUUGGAAUCGUUUAUCAGGAAGAGACCACAUCUGGUUUUUUUCAUGGGAUGAAGGUGCUUGCUAUGCCCCUAAGGAAAUAUGGAACAGUAUGAUGUUAGUUCACUGGGGAAAUACUAAUGCAAAACAUAACCAUUCAACCACAGCCUAUUGGGCUGAUAACUGGGAUAACAUUUCUUCUGAUAGAAGAGGCAUUCAUCCAUGCUUUGACCCUGAAAAAGAUCUCGUCCUUCCUGCAUGGAAAGUUCCUGAUGCUAAUGUGUUGACUUCAAAGUUUUGGACAUGGCCCCAUGAAAAGCGAAAGACUCUGUUCUACUUCAAUGGGAAUUUAGGACCAGCUUACCCUCAUGGAAGACCGGAAGAUUCGUAUAGUAUGGGUAUCAGACAGAAGCUGGCAGAAGAGUUUGGAUCAAGCCCAGACAAGGCUGGAAGACUUGGGAAACAGCAUGCUGAAGAUGUCAUUGUGACCCCAGUGCGUUCUGAAAACUAUCACGCAGAUAUUGCAGGCUCUGUUUUCUGCGGAGUAUUUCCUGGAGAUGGUUGGAGUGGACGCAUGGAAGACAGUGUUUUACAAGGAUGCAUUCCUGUGGUCAUUCAGGAUGGAAUUUUCCUACCAUAUGAGAAUGUGCUCAAUUAUGACAGCUUUGCUGUUCGAUUACCUGAAGACGAAAUUCCGAACUUGAUAAAGAUUCUUCGGGGAUUCAAUGAGACAGAAAUCAAAUUGAAGCUGGAAAAUGUUCAGAAAAUCUGGCAAAGAUUCUUGUAUCGUGAUUCUAUUAUGCUUGAAGCUGAAAGGCAAAAAAAUGCUUUUGGACGUGUUGAUGAUUGGGCAGUUGAAGUCUUAAAACUACUAGAGGAUGAUGUCCUCACCACUCUAAUACAGGUUUUGCAUUACAAGUUACAUCAUGACCCUUGGAGGAAACAAGUUCGCCUCCAGAAGAAGUUUGGAUUACCUAACCGGUGUCUGGGAAGCACAAAUUGAGGAGCUUGGUUAAUGUGAAGGUUGUUUAGAAGAGUACUUGGCCAAGAUACUUCAGAGGAGCAGGCAAAUGGAUCACCAUUUUGCUACAUAUGAGGGGAGAUUGCAUUUUGCAUCUCUUUGAAAUUUGCACACCACAACCUUUUUUUAUUCCAAAGAGAUGAUUGUGGGAUGUGCAAAGAGUAAAAAUGGUGUGUAGAAAGUAAUUCCCCAUCUCACAAGUGAUGAUGUGGAAAACAAGGCGUUCCAGUUCGUAAUAGAUGUUACAAUCUUCAUUGCAGUAAAUGAUUCAACCAGGGUCGACCUACAUGAUUCUUUUCCCCUCUUACAUAAAAUGUGUGCAUGUCAAGUACAUUUAUGGUAAUUUUUUCAGAGCUUUCGUCUCAGGCAUCCAUGCCAUGGAAUUGUAAAAUAACUAGUGUGUUUCUUGUUCAUUGCAUGAAUUUUAUUUUAAUUUAUUUUAUACUAUAAAAAAUUAUCUAAAGAAAAGUUAGCUUCGAAAGAAUAUUUAUUCUUUUGAAGUUGUUUAAUUGAAAA